AUGUCGGGAUUGCCGCGUUUAAAUAUCAAACUUAGUAGUUAUACUGGGCUAACAUUCACUGUCCCAAUAUUUGGUUCCUUUAUAUACUAUGUAUACUCAAGAGACAAAAGCAGGCGCACAAUUUACAACUGUGUUUCGACUACUAAAAGGUUUUUAAGAGCCGUCUACACAGGUACUCUGAUUUCUUUGGAUUAUAAAUGGACUAUGACAGUAUUCCCAAAUGAUUCUGAAUCCUACGUCAAAGAACUAUCAAAAUGUCACCAAAGAGCAGCUGACAGGAUUCUCCAGGGCUGUUUGCGAAAUGGAGGUUUGUAUAUCAAAAUGGGACAGGGUCUCGCAAGUAUGAAUCAUGUUUUGCCCAAACAGUAUACAGAAACUCUGGAAAAGUUGCACGAUCAAGCCAUUAUGCGCUCAGUAGACGAAGUGUAUCGGAUAUUCAUGGAAGAUUUUGGCAAGCCCCCUUCGGAACUGUAUUCCAGUUUUGAACAUGAACCAAUAGCUGCUGCUAGUUUGGCUCAAGUACAUCGUGCUGUUACACAUGAAGGAGAGCAAGUCGCAGUGAAAGUCCAGUAUGAAGAUUUGCGUGAUCGAUUUGAUGGGGAUAUGUCAACCCUUGAAUUACUUUUAAAAUUGGUUGAAAUAAUGCAUCCUGAUUUUGGAUUCGCCUGGGUUUUACAAGAUAUGCGUGAAACACUGGCCAAAGAACUCGACUUUGAAAAUGAGGCAGAUAAUGCUGCUCGUUGUGUUGCUGACUUAGAGAGUCUGGGGACACUAGAAAACAAUGGUUCCGUUCAUGUACCUUGGGUAAAUCGUAAGCUAACCAGCAAACGCGUCCUUACAGCCGAAUUCAUUGAUGGUAUCAAAGUUAAUCAAAUAUCUGCUCUACGGGAUGCUGGCUUCUCACUAGCUGAGUUGGAUCGCUUGUUGGUUCGUGCAUUUAGUCAUCAGGUGUUUUGUACUGGCUUCGUACAUGCUGAUCCACAUCCAGGCAACCUACUAGUACGACGGAAACCUCAGAUAAAGUUAGGUAUUUCUCAGAAAAUCAAAUCAUCUAUUCAAAGUAUACCCAACAUUUUAUUUGAUACACUCAUAUGGAUGGGAUUUCUGUUUUAUUUCCCCGUCAACAUCUUAAAAAAACUAAAAAAUCCUGAACAUAAAUUGUUUACUCAUCCAAAUGCAAGUCGAGGUUCAACUGAAAUACAACUGGUUCUUCUAGAUCAUGGUUUGUAUGAUACUCUUCCAAGUGGUAAACGGAAAGCCUUAUGCAAAAUGUAUCAAGCCAUUUUAGAUUCCAAUGAAUCAGUAAUGAAAGAAGCAUCUUCAUUUUUAGGCAUUGAAGAUUGGGCUACUUUCGGUGAAGUUAUUCUUCAAAGACCAUGGCGUCGCCGAACACUCAGAUUGCCAUCACAACUCUCAGAUGCAGAUAGAGCCUAUUUACGCUCAACAGCAAUUGAACAUUUUGACCGGGUAAUGUCGGUUCUUGAACAAAUGCCGCGCCCAAUGCUUUUGUUCAUCAGGAAUUUGAAUCUUAUUCGUUCUAUUUGUCGUUCUCACGGGGAUCCUAUUGAUCGUCACUCUUUAAUGAUUGAUAGUGCUGUUCUUGGGAGUCGGAUAACAACUUCACAUUCUGGCAAAUUGAUUCCCAUGAAUUGGAGCGAUAAGUUACAGGUGAAUAUCAUAUUGCAAAGAUACCACUGGAAGUUAAGGUAUGAAGCUUUCUGCUUGUGGAUUCAAAGUGUACUUUAUCAUCUGUUAUAUACUUUGGGACAGGCACCCGACAUAAGAGAAAUAUCAGCUUUAUAUAGUGCUGCAGCGCCUAAAAGCCUAUCAGUCAGUGUUUAA